AUUGUCCUUAUGGUCCUUUGAGCAGUCGACCACGCGGCAAAGACGUCGAGCAGCACUCAAGGCUUUCAGACCGCCGGAGAGACGCACGAGACUUCAGUCCGGCUCACGGCAUUCGCGCCUUUCCGUAGCCCCGCCAGGCCAAGGGUCGCUCGACCCCGCCCUCCAUUUGCAACGCCAACGACGAAUCAACACCACACCGAUAGCUUCGUCGUCGUCGUCGUCGUUGCACCGCAUGUCAGGCCUCCACGAUUCGCUAACGAGGCUGGCCCUCAACCCGGCCUACCAUGACUUCUUCACGCUCCUCAAGGCCGCUCGUAAUGGAGCUGUCUACGGAGCCAAGAUCAGGUUCCCCCACGCACUCGUCAUGACGUUCCUCUUUGGCCGUGGUACCCCUCGCGAGAAGCUGCAGUUCAUCAUCAAGGCCACACGUAUGCAUUCGUUCAACCUCAUGAAGUUCGCCAGCCUGUACAAGUUCCUACAGAUUGUGCUCAGGAGGACAAACGGAGGCAAGGCGCGGUCCAUGGACAGCUUCAUUGCCGGUAUCGUGGGAGGAUGGGUCGUAUUCGGGGAAAGAACUGCGGUAAAUGAGCAAAUUGUCCUUUACUCUUGCGCCCGUUGCGUCUCCUCUCUGCUACCCCGCGCAGAAGUCAGGCCAGAUUACCCAGCUCAAAAGCCCAUCCCUACGGACAGCAAGUCAUUUGAAAUCUUUGCAGCACUGGUAUGGGGAUGCGUGAUGUGGCUCUUCGAGAAUAGGAGAGUAAGGCUACAGAAUGGCCUUGUCAACUCGAUGGAUUACUUGUAUCAUAACGCUGAGCACUGGGAUAGCUUGCGCAAUCUCUUCUGGCACAACACAUAGCGCGCGCCUAGAUAGGCGGAGGCAAGGUAGUAGACGCAAUGCUGUAAUGUAAUUACAGGCCGCCGCCAGCUAAUAAUGACCAUGACACACGAUGAGCUUUGCCGGUG